AUGGGCUCCCUUGCAAUCUGUCCAUUGGUGGCAUUCCAGUGUGUUUUCCUGACUGGCCUUCUUUGCAAUCUGGCCAUUGGUGGCAUGUCAGUUUCUCAAGCUCUCCUGACUGAGCUCCUUUACAAUCUGUCCAUUGGUGGCAUGUCAGGCUCAUAUUUAUCCCAAGUUUUCCUGACUGAGCUCCUUUGCAAUCUGCAUAUUGGUGGCAUGUCAGUGUCUCAAGCACUUCUGACUGUGCUCCUUUGCAAUUUGUCCAUUAUGGCAUGUCAGGCUGUUGUGAGUGAUUUGAUGGCAUAUUUAGCUGCAUCUCUCUUGACAGGACUCCUUUGCAAUCCAUCCAUUUGUGGCAUGUUAGGGUCUCAAUGUCUUCUCCUGAAUGGGCUCCUUUGCCAUCUCUCCAUUGGUGGCAUAUCAGGGUCUUGGUCUCUACUGAUUGAGCUCUUCACAUUGGUGGAAUACCAGCUUGUGAGUGAUUUGAUGGCAUGUUUAGCUGGAUCUCUCCUGACUUGGCUCCUUUGCAAUCUGUCCAUUGGUGGCAUGUCAGGCUCUCAAGCUUUCCUGACUGGGUUCCUUUGCAACUUGUCUUUUGGUGGCAUGUCAGGGUCUCAAGCCCUCCUGACUGGGAUCCUUUGCAAUCUGUCCACUGGUGGCAUGUUAGGCUCUCAAGCUCUCCUCAAUGGGCUCAUUUCCCAUCUUUCCAUUGGUGGCACAACAGGGUUGUGUGGGUGCUCCAAUGGUACAUUCAGCUCACACACUGCUGACUCAGCUCCUUUGCGAUUUGUCCAUUGGUGGCAUGUCAGUGUCUCAAGCUCUGCUGAUUGGGUUCCUUUGCAAUUUGUCCACUGGUGGCAUGUUAGGCUGCUCCUUCCCACCUGUCAUGUUGGCUGUAUGACAGAUUUCAUUUACACCUGGUUGUAUGACAGGUUGGUGGUUCUUCUGAAUGCCCAUACUUCUAUCUUUCAUGCUGGUGGUAUGACAGGUGAAACUGGAUGUCUGCUGAAAGGCCUCACUUGCACUCUUCACAAUGGUGGCAUUGCAGUGUUAUGGCCAGGUGGAGACCUGCUGACUGGACUCACUUGCACUCUUCAUGGUGGUGCCAUUGCAGCAGUUGAAUGUCUGCUGAUUUGGCUUGCAUUUGCACUUUACAUGUUCAUGGCAUCACAGGGACUGGAUCCCUGCUCACUGGGCUCAUUUUCACUCUAUAUUGGUCACAUGCCAGGAUGUUCAACUGGAUUUCUGCUUAAUGUGCUCACUUGCAUUCUGUAUGCUGGUGGUCUGGCAGUUUAUGUUUUCUCACCUCUGCUCUUUGGCAUGCUGGUGGCAUGUCAGAAAGUGAAUGACUUCAUAAUAAAAACAUGUUUCCCUGUUGGUGUUGGGGGCAUGAUAGCAUCUGGAACUCUACUUAGCAUUACUUUCAUUAGCCAGAUAUCCUUCCUAAUCACUCCCAUUUCCAUUCUUGUUGCACUUUGCCAAUCAGACUUCUGUAAGUGCUAUGUUUGUGAUUUGCAUCAUUUGAUUGCCAUCACCCUUGGUGCAUUGAUGUGA